AUGCGGCUUCUCUUUCUCCUCUCAAGUUUCAUACUAGUACAAGCUGGUGUUAUAAAGGAAGAAUGUGACGGUAUUAAAAUAAAUGAUAUUUAUCACGAGAAAGAAGUUCUUAGAACUGACGUUGAUAGACCGUAUCUUCUGGCAGUUGAUUACAGUACUAACACCUUAUAUUACAGCUUUAAUAUCGACUUUAACGACGACGUCUCCUAUAAGAGUGCGUUCUUGAAUCUGAAUACUAAAGAGUCUGGCGAGGUAACAGGAGUAACGAAUGGCUUUGCGCAUACUGUUGAUCAGAAAAAUCAUGAAGUAUAUAUAGGAGGCAGCGAUGGUAUAUACAAAUACGAUCACAAAUCUAAAAAAGCCGAAUUCUUUGGUGCAAACGGCGCCGACAUCUGGGGAAUAUAUUAUAAGGAGAUAUUGUAUUAUUUGGACUUUCCUAGACAGUUUUUAUAUACAUACAUAGAUGGAGUUUCGACACGAUUCAAAGAUUUGGAAGACACAAAAGUCGAUCAAUUUGUAAUUGACAAUGAAGAUAUUCUUUUCUAUACCAAUGCCACUGGAUUGUUUGGACAAAAGAAAGGAACAAAGGAUGCUGUAUUAUUUAAAAACAAUAUGUCAGUCAGAAGUUUAACCACAGAUAUUAAUGGUAAUGUGUAUUUGUGUGAAUUAGAUGAUGUUUACAAAGUGAAUAAAGAAACGCGUGGAAUUGACAAAGUGACGGAAGUUAACGAUUGCUUUGGACUGGCAUUUGAUAAUGAGAAUAAUUUAAUAUACUCUAAUGCAACAAGUUUAGUAAGACUUAAGCCUAAUUUAAAUAAGGGUUGUUAA